UACAACAAAUGGGAGAUUUUUCCUGAGUCUUUGCCCAUUUGAUAAUCCAACCUUUAUAUUCUGCCUGUCCUUGACAAAGGACCUUGUUGUUUCAUUUCAGCAGUGGAAGAAGUAGCAGAAGAACAAACUACAUAGUGGAAUUUGAAGAGUCCUUUCAUGCAUCUUUUACCUGCCUUCCAGAAUGAAAGCAUGAAUGAUAGUUAUGAAGAUCUUUCAUGAGGGAACAAUUACAAAUACAUCCUGAUCUUCAGAACUGAUCCUUAUGAUGUCCCCCAAUGAUCCAGGUGACAUAUUUGAAGCAUGGAGUGGAACAAAGUACUUGCAGGAAUAUUUACUUCUGGGACUCCGUUGGUGGCUGACAGCAUUAUUAGCAGUUCCUUUGUGGCUUCUAUGCUACAUAUACCUAUCUGCUUUUAUCGUCCAGAUCUUUGACAAGGCUUCUCAAUUAACAGGAAAUUCAUCCAACAAAUUACAAAGAAAAUGUAUUUUGAUUGUGGCAUGCCUCUGGGAUAUCUUUGGGAGAAUAUGGCAUGGUUAUGAGCUACAUGGUCUAGAAAAUCUACCAGAUGGACCAGCUCUUAUCAUUUAUUACCAUGGUGCCCUUCCUAUGGACUAUAUUUUAUUCAUAGCAAGACUCUUUCUACAAACAAAGAUCAUCUGUCGUACAGUGGUUGAUCGUUUUGUCUUUAAACUGCCAGGAUAUAGAAGACUUCUAGAAUCAUUACAUAUGUUUACUGGUAUGAAGAAAGAUUGUCUCUCUCUUUUGAAAGACGGCAAUUUGAUAUCUAUUUCACCAGGAGGGACCCGAGAAGCCCUGUUUAGUGAUGAAACCUAUAAAAUUAUGUGGGGCAGCCGUUCAGGAUUUGCUCAAGUUGCCAUAGAUGCAAAAGUGCCUAUCAUUCCUAUGUUUACACAGAAUGUCCGUGAGGCAUACAAGACGCUAGGAUAUAUACGAGGACUGAAAUGGCUAUAUGAAUAUAGCCGCUGGCCAGUGGCUCCUGUAUAUGGAGGGUAUCCAGUCAAAUUGCGAACAUUCCUAGGAGAACCAAUACCAUAUGAUCCAAAUAUAACUGCUGAAGAGCUGGCAGAAAAGGCAAAGAUUGCUCUCCAGGAUUUAAUACGCAACCACCAAAAACUACCAGGAAAUACAGGACGAGCUCUACUGGAACGAUUUUAUAGCAAUGGAAAGAAAGACAAAUGAUGAUGAAAAUAUGAUAAACACUGCAGGUUUCAAUUAUACAUUUCCUUAGGCACCUUCCAUACAGCACAGGUAGAAUGGGCCGAAGGCGGGAUAAAGUAACCCACUCUCCCGUUUUCACAGUCAUGUGCCUCUAUGCAGGCAGCAACUGGAGCCCAUGUAAACAAUGCGGGUUGCUGUUGUGCCUUCGCAUGGAGGCGCCUUUUUUGCAACUUACCUCCCUCCGCUGCGUAACGACAGAGGGAGGCAGGCAUGGGCCCCUACAGUCAUGCUGACAUCUUACGAGGCCACGAGAUGUCCCCGUGUGGCUAUGCAUCUGUGAGGCAGGGACUUUUUAAAAAGGAAAGCGCGGGCGAUUAAAGCGCCUCCUGGCCAGCCAUUUGCUUGUGAGCAGCUGCAAUCUGGAUUUAAACAAAAGAAUCACGGAUAGAGCAAUUCUGGAAAAAAUGAUUCAGGGGACUUAGCAUGGGGCAGCCUUGCUUUAGGGGCAGGAUCCAUGUGAAGCCCCCCCCCCCCCAAAUGGGUUUUUUAACAUCCGUAUCCUGGGUUUCUUGGCCUGUGCGGAAGGAGACUCUGUGUCUCUGCCAUAAUAGAUGUCAAAAGUUUGUAAUCCAUUUAACAGUGAGAUGGGUCUCUAAAAUUUUGGUAAUGUUGGAUCGUUACCUCUUUAUCUAUUACUGUUGUAUAUGAUUCUUGCCAUGAAGAAGGCAAUACUUUUUCUUUAUUUCAUGGUAUUAUUAUUUUUUCUAAUCACAAUACAUUGCUGUAAAUCUAUCUGGACCUGGAACUUUUCUCAGUUCCUUUAUGGCUUGCAAUUUUUUUUGAAUCGUAAUGGUUUUAUUCAGUAUGUCCCUGUGUAAGAUGUAAACUUCUUGGUAUGUAUUUCUUUGAUGCAUAUUCUAUUGUUGAAUCCUUUUGUAUAAUUCCAAAAAGAAAAGAGCAAACUAUUCCUGUAUCUUUAAAAAAAAAUACAUGAGUAAUUUGAUAUCCUUUCUUCAGCUCUAUUAUUGUUCUUUUUUCAGUUUCUUUACUUAAAUAAUGUGCCAGGUAUCUUUCUGAAGACCCAGGUUCAAAUCCUACU